UCUCGCGUUAAAUCCUUUGGUCUUUGUUUUGAGUGAAAACAAUGCUCCAAAUUCGCCUUCCAAGAAUCGGGCCUCGUCCACGCCAGAACAACAGCCUCAGGGUGACUCGGGUGAGGUCUAUUCUAUCUACGAAAGCAAGGCCAAAAUCUUGAUUGUGGUUACUGCAUCCAUUGCCGGCUUCUUCUCCCCACUGUCCGCCAACAUCUAUCUCCCAGCGCUGAACACCUUGGCCGACCAGCUGCAUGUGAGCAACACGUUGAUUAAUCUGACCGUGACGACUUAUAUGAUCUUCCAAGGACUGGCCCCGGCUAUCUUUGGAGGCUUAGCGGACAGCGCGGGUCGGCGGCCCGCGUACAUCAUUUGCUUUGUCGUCUAUAUCGCUGCCAACAUCGGGCUCGCCCUCCAGCGCAACUAUGCGGCCCUCCUCAUCCUUCGCUGCCUGCAGAGCACGGGGAGCAGCAGCACUGUUGCCCUGGCCAAUGCAAUCGUCGCCGAUGUGGUGACCGCUGCUGAACGCGGUGUUUAUAUUGGAUACGCGUCCGCCGGAGGGAUCCUUGGGCCUUCGCUCGGACCCAUCAUCGGUGGGUUGUUGACCCAAUUCCUGGACUGGCCCUCAAUCUUCUGGUUCCUGACGAUCUUUGCCGGCGCCUUCUUCCUUCCCUUGCUGCUCUUUCUCCCUGAAACCGCCCGGAACAUCGUGGGCAAUGGCUCUCGCCCGCCUCCGCUCUGGAACAUGUCCCUGCAGCAGUUCUUCUGCUCGCGACGCCAGUCAGAUGAGGAGCCGCGACCAGUGAAGAUGCGCAUCCAUUUCCCCAACCCGUUCAUGACGUUGUUUAUCAUCUUUGACAAGGAGGUCUUCCUCAUCCUUACUGGCAACAGCCUUGUCUUUGGCAGCUACUACGCCGUCUCCACUAGCGUCACCUCUCAAUUCAAAGCCAUGUACGGCUUCAACGACGUCCAGAUUGGCCUCUGUUUCAUCCCCGUUGGCGUUGGUAGCCUAGUGGCCGCCUACACCCAGGGCCGCCUGGCGGAUUGGAAUUACCAACGACAUGCCCGCCAUCAGGGCUUCAUCAUCUCCACAAACCGCCGACAGGACCUGUCCGAGUUUCCUGUCGAACGCGCCCGCAUCGAAGUCGUCCUCCCGCUGGUCAUCCUGGAGGGCCUGUGCAUGAUCGUCUACGGCUGGGUGUUGCACUACCAGACCAACCUCGCGGGACCCCUGAUCCUGCUCUUUUUCAUUGGGUACACCUCUUCGGCUACGUUCAACAUCCUGAGUGUCCUGAUGGUCGACAUCUACCAGGAGAGUCCGGCCACCGCGACAGCUGCCAACAACCUCACGCGAUGCUGGCUUGGGGCGGGCGCGACGGCCAUCAUUUUGCCCAUGAUCGAAGGUAUUGGUCGUGGUUGGGCCUUCACCGUGAUUGGAUUUAUCUGUUUCCUGUGUGCGCCGGUUCUGAUGAUGGUCUGGCAAUGGGGCCACGACUGGCGACGACAACGACAGCGCCGGGAAGAGGAGAAACAAGUAUGCAACGCUGGUGCACAAGAGCUGCAAAGUCGAGCAACAUGAAAACACUUGUACGGUUGCUUUUUCUCUUGGGUGAAACAGCCCAAUAUACUUAGGGGCCCGGCGGGCUUGGUAUUCCCAGGUUGGCUUCGGUUUCAGAUAGUAGUUGCGGAACUUGUGCGAGGUUGUCGGCGGUGACCAAUGAUUGGCUCUGGUAGGCAGCAGUAUCCAAACGCCUGGCAUCCGAACAAUACAGGACUAUAGUUAACCACUAUCAUUAUCACAUUCUCUCAACUAGCAUAUAUCCAUCUAGUACCAUACUGGCAACUGAAUGAUAACAAGCUCUGGG